AUAGGUAGUUAAACAGACAAACUAUCAACAUGUUUUUUGACAAAAAUCACGUUUAAUAUCAAUCAAGAGAGUGAUCAAGGUUGUGAUGGAGACAGGAUCUAAAUUAAAUAGGAUAGAGACGGUCUGGGUUCGCAGGAUAGAGCCCAAUAUUGAUACAACAAGGUGGUCCAGUGGCGGUGUGGUGGCACGUCGGUCCUCGUUUACAUCCCGAGGUAGCAUGGAGGAGAUUAUACGAGAAACUGUCUUAGACGAGCGACGACCAGCCAAGCCUACAAGCGAAUCCCUUGAGCUAGCGGAUGUGGUUGAAACGUACGGAAACAUUGCUGACAUCUUCCGGCCGCUGUUAGUCACCAAUCUCUCUGUCAGCCACAUUCUCCCCCACAUAGGCUUUCUAGGUAUAACUUCUCGACUUGAGAAUAUCGCCAGCAGAAGCACUAAGGCCGCGGUUGCAGAUUUACUGGACUUUCUUCAAACUUCAAGAAACCUUUCUUUCUGGAUACAAUUCAUUAACGCCCUUGAUCAAAAUGGAUACAGUCAUCUUGCCAAGAAUCUCGAGGGAAGCAGUGUAAUUGAUGCCACGUAUCAAAGACAAUACUUACACACAUUGAAACCGCUUCUCCGAAUUAUGAUCAAACCUUCCUUGUUGUUGGACUACCUGCUUAGAUCCGGUGUUAUUAACGAAACUCAAUUUGACGAAAUUUCGAGCACAGAAAAGAACGAAGACAGGCUUUCGGCCGCCGACAAGCUCUUGAAUGUGUUACCUAACAGACAUCAAUACUGGUUCAAUCACUUUGUCGAUGCUUUGGCUCACUCUGAUUUGCGGGAAGCUAAAGAAAUUCUAGAUAUAGCAGAAUUAUUUGGACCAGAUGAAGGACCAAAACAAGAUGAAUACAGUCAUGCAAUCUUGCGUCCUGCUCGUACAUCUAAACAUCUACCCAAAGACGCGUUGUUAGGCUCCGAUUUAACUUCCGGCAACUACGAUAGUCAUGACGACAUAUGCUCUGAAGUAAAUCUGUCCGAUUUGUCUUUCUCACCGUGUGUAUCUUUUAACUCUGACAGUGAACGGGAUGUCUCCGAUGCCAGCAUGAAUCUUCGGCCAAAUUCUACCGCUGGAAUACAUUCUGAUGAUAGCAGUCAUGGAUGUAACACUGCCAGCUCAAUGGGGAAUUACAAUGUAGAAGAAUCAGGCAGAAACAGUAAUACAGAUAUGGACGUAUUCGUACAUGAUGCAGAGGAUGUUUUCAUAGAUACACAAGAAACCUUCCCCAAGAGACCAUAUAAUUCGUCGAGUGAUUCGUGUGACAGUGGAGUUAUUCAGUCAGAAAAGGAACAUCCAUCAUCGCUUGAAUAUGUGAGUGAAGUGGUAGCUAAACAGAAAUUAGAACACAAGCAAACAUCUCAAGAGGUUUUAGGUUUCAGCGGUCCUUACCAAUGGAUUGAAAAGGAAGCGACACCGCUUAUCGCUGAUCUUCAAAGUCAUUUUAAUAUGGCCAGUGGUAGAUAUACUCUUACAUCGCCAAUCAAUGAAGUUGUUGACGCAUCCUCUACACGAAGAGGCGAAACACUAGAGACGAUUCCCAAAAGAUCAGUUUCAAUCCCAUCAGGGGAAGCGCUGGUCAACCAUCACGAAUAUUAUCUCCUUGAAAAAUCGGACACAGCAAAAAAUGAUAACACAGAUGAACAGGCGGCUCCAGGCUAUGAGUUAUCUUACCCGAAUAACAAAGAGAAUGAUCCUGUGAGUCAAGGCACAAAUAGGAGGCAAACAGAUGGAAGAAUAAAAUACGCAGAUGUUGUGAUUAAUACGCAUAAGGAGACUUUUGGAGAAGACAUUGCUAAGAAGGAGAGUGAUUGUUCUGUUGGGAAAUUUGUAUGCGGAAAUUGUACGGCAGAAGACUUAAGGGAUUUAUUUCGAACAAAGCACACGGGUAUUGAAAAGGAAUUGCCAGUUUUAGAGCAGGCCCUUACUUUUCAGGAGCUGUAUGCAAAAAGUCUUAGUGCAAAGAAGGCAUUCGUAGACAAGUUGAAAGUCAAUACAAAACACAUAGACGCUUUGGAAGAAGCAAUAUGCAGCGACUCCGCCGUUGCCAAGGACGCAGACGAAUCUCAGGGCUUAUAUUCGGCCCACCAGAUGGCGAAAACUCAGAAUGGUCGGACUGAUGAGGAGGGAUAUGAACUUGACCCUACGGCGAGGGAUUUUAAGCCAAUAUGUGACGUUUCAAAUUCCGCCCCGACGGAUAAAGCUUUUAACCAAAAAUUUACGGCGAUGGCUUUGAGAAGAAACGGAGUUUUACCUCCGCAUGAUGGAGAUUUCAACCAACCAACGGAACUGCUUGAUGAAAUUCAGUUGGACCAGCAAAAUGAAGAAGAAAAUGAGAAACUCGAUAUUAUUUACAAAGAUUCUGCGUUUUAUUCUUACAAAACAAUGUGAGUUGUCCAGAUUGUCCACUAUGUACAAGCUGUGUAAUAUAAUAAGUUCCCUUAUGACAUGAAUAUACUUUAUAAUGUGUCAGUAUUACAAUUUGUGAUAUAGAAAUACAGAAUUCACAUGCAA